AUGCCGGGCAAAACUAGCGCCCCCAAUACCCCGCGCAUCACCAAAUUCACCAACUGCCGGCUCGUCCGCGGGUCCAGUCUGGUCGAACAAGAUCUAUGGAUCGACUCUCUGACCGGCAAGAUCCUCAAGGACCAAGAGGCCUUCUAUGAGCUGCAUUUGUCCCCCGAUGAGAUCAUUGAUCUCGGUGGCCGUAUCCUGGCCCCGGGUCUGAUCGACACCCAGCUCAACGGCGCACAGGGUUUCGACUUUUCCGUGCCCUGCGCGACUAAAGAUGAGUACGACCAGGGUCUACGUCUUGUGAAUCAGGGCCUGGCCCGUACAGGUCCUCCCUUCCCUUGGCCCCGCCGCAACAACCCACACCCCCUAGACGGCGCCGAAUCCCUAGGCGCCCACGUCGAAGGCCCCUUCAUCAGUCCCGGCCGCAACGGCAUCCACAAACCAGAAGUCCUCCGCUCAGCCCAAACCUACGACGACCUCCUCCACUGCUACGGCGCAUCCAACCUCGCCCCUCCACCGCAGCACACCUCCCCCAUAAAAAUGAUCACCGCCGCCCCAGAAGUAGGCAACAUGAUGGCGCAAAUUCCCCACAUCACCGAUACAGGAAUCAUCUACUCCAUCGGCCACUCGGACGCAACCUACGAACAGGCAAUCUCAGCCACACACGCCGGUGCCCGGAUGAUCACCCAUUUGUUCAACGCCAUGCGUCCCUUUUACCACCGUAACCCCGGUGUAUUCGGGUUGUUGGGCCAGUCUGAGCGUAGACGCCCGUUCUAUGGCGUUAUCGCGGACGGGAUCCAUUUGCAUCCGACUUCGAUUAAAAUUGCGUAUAAUGCGCAUCCGGAGGGGUUGGUGCUUGUUACUGAUGCGAUGAGGUUGUGCGGUUUGCCGGAUGGGGUUUAUGAGUGGACGAAUGGGGAGCGGAUUGUUAAGACUGGUGCGCGGUUGACGUUGGAGGGAUCUGAUAAGAUUGCGGGUUCGUCGGCGACGCUGAUUGAGUGUGUGAAUAAUUUCCGAAGGUGGUCGGGUGCUAGUACCGCUGAUGCGAUUAAUGCGGCGACGGCGGUGCCGGCGAGACUUUUGGGGUUGGAAAAGGUGAAGGGGUGUUUGGAUGCCGGGGCUGAUGCGGAUUUGGUGGUUUUGGGGGAGUCGGAUGAUCCGUACUCGGGGCCUACGUUGACGGUGGAUCAGGUUUGGAAGUUUGGUGUCAAGAUUCAUGAUGCUGAUAAGGUGACUGCGGUGGCGGUUUGA